UAGGAGCGCCCAUAAAGUGGCGCUCGCCGCACCCCGCCCGACAUUCACUGGUGGCCACUGCGCAGAGCCGUCUCUUCUCGUCCACGCACUUCGCUUCGCUCCUUCAGCGACCAUGUCUGACAAACCCGAUAUGGCUGAGAUCGAGAAAUUCGAUAAGUCGAAAUUGAAGAAGACAGAAACGCAAGAGAAAAAUCCUCUGCCUUCAAAAGAAACAAUCGAACAGGAGAAGCAAGCAGGCGAAUCCUAAUGAGGUGUGCACCGCCAAUAUGCACUGUACAUUCCACAAGCAUUGCCUUCUUAUUUUACUUCUUUUAGCUGUUUAACUUUGUAAGAUGCAAAGAGGUUGGAUCAAGUUUAAAUGACUGUGCUGCCCCUUUCAUAUCAAAGAAUUGAGAACUACUGACAACAACGGAGGCCGAGCCUGCCUCUCCCAUCUGUCUGGCUGGCUGGGAAGGAAAACAACUUGAAUGUGCAUGAAGGAAGAAAGCUGGGUGGGAGGAAGGAGAAGUCUAGAGUAAUAUCCAAGCUGGUCCAAGAUAUCCUGCAGGCUGUAAAAUGCAGUUUAAUCAGAGUGCCAUUUUUUUUGUUCAAAUGAUUUUAAUUAUUGGAAUGCACAAUUUUUUUAAUAUGCAAAUAAAGUUUUAAAACCUG